AUGAGUAUGGAAAGGUUAAACCGACAACUGAGUUCAUCGGCCAUCACGACGCGCAGCAAGCCGCAGAUUGGAACUCCACGAGCUAUCAAAACUAGUUCCACCGUCCGAAAAGGAAAUCCUAAGAAACUGUCUCUUGUGGAAUGGGAGAGAUUUCUAUCCCAAGGCGGUCUGAAAUUGAAGAAAGUCCAAGAAAUUGAAAAGGAAGUCCAAGUAACGGAAGAGCAGAAUAACGAGUCCAAGCAAAGCGAACAUCUUCAGGAAAUAGAAGUACACCACGAAACCAGUCAGGAUGAAACAACGAAGUUGUUAAUAAACAGAGAUAGUAGCGCCCAAAGCGAUCUGAAAAAAAGGCCAUUCCCCGCUCCUAGGUUCCGGCAUUCGAGGCGUGACAAUAUUUCAAACACGACCCGUGCCAACUGUAGAUUUCAAAAUUUCCUCCCUACCACACUGUUGUUCAUUUUAGCCGACGAACAUUUGGCAGAACUGAUGCCAAUCUUCGAGCAGUUGCGUGCUCAAGGUAACUUGCCCUGUACAUAUCCGCUACAUGUGACCUCCAGUGGGACCGCUUUCAUACGCGGCGGAUCCCGCUCCACCCCACUCAGUCCACACGCCCCACACUGCCAUCCGUCGACACAUUGGGUGCGAGAACGUUCGUCGAAAUCUAUCUCGAUGUCGCGACCGUCUCGGUCGUCACUGUCGGCGUCCACACCAGAUUCGCUUAGUGAUAACGAAAGUAGCUUAGGAACACCAGGACGUUUCCAGACGCCCAACCGUAAAACUUCAGUGCCAAUCAGAUCUCAGAUGACCCCCGGUGGAUCGAGAACAAACUCACGGCCCAGCUCCAGACCGGCAAGCCGUGCCGGUUCGAAACCACCGUCCCGUCACGGAUCGACACUGUCGCUGGAUAGCACCGACGAUGCCACGCCGUCGCGGAUCCCAACCCGACGGGUAACGAGUACAACGACUCCCAGGCCAUCGCGGCUGUCGGUAGGUUCGACGACCACCAACACGCGGACCACUAACGGUGUCUCGUCGCGGACGGCAUCGGGCGCCGCUUCACCCGCUCCAACCAGAAACGGUGGCAUGAGUCGAUCAUCAAGCAUACCAACACUUGUAGGACUACCAAACAGCAGCCACCGCUCUCGGAUACCGGUGAGACAGAUGUCCAACGUCUCGAACUCUUCAUCAGCCACGGGGAAAACGAGUGGAACUUCAACGCCGUCCGGUAUGCAAACACCCAGGCGAACAUCGGUAGAGCCGCAAACGCCCGGCAGCACGCGACCAGAUCGAAGCUCUCGAGGAACGACGCCCGCCACCGAGAAGCGUGCCCCGUUUAGACUUUAAGACCCCACUCACUCUCGAGACGAGAUUCGAUAAGCUCUGCGAAGAAAAAAAAAAGAAAAGACGACGAACGAAGCUCGAAGCCAAUCCCCAACCCCUAACCAAUAAUCCCUCCUCCCUGUUUGCACCUGUUGUGUUGUGCAAUUAGGAACACCUACGAUUUGGAGCCCAAGGCUGAUGUAGAGGAACAGUAUGUCGUAUCGUUCGUCACAUACUAACCAGUUCAAAGUAUUUUCUUAUUGUUUUCGUUUUAUUAUUAUACAUAAGAAUUUGCUUUUCUUCAACAUGAAGAAUUAGAGAUGUGCAAAAGCUAAUCACUGAUGAUUUGAUCGCUUAGCUGAUGUUUGUUUUUUGGUUAUAACAACCAGUGAAGGAGAUAAGCAUUGAUCGGAGCCCCCUAUCGGAGAAUAUUGUUAGAGGCAGAAAGCAACUGAAAGAGUCCAUCAAUUUGUACAUAUAUUUUUAGAUUAGAAUCGGAAUAAACGUUGUAUAAAUUGAUUCCAUAGAAAAAGUUUAGAAAACUUUAUUGCAUCGGUAUGAAAGUGAAUUUCCACGAUUGGACAUUGUAACCACAAAGAGAUUGAACAUACUUUUAGAAUAGGGGGCUUCUGAAUCAAGUAUGGUACUGUUUCUGGACGGCGGAGAAACGGCAAUCAAAGAAAAUCGCCAGUUCUUCGAUUGCAAUUUCUCUGCUUCCUGGAAAGCACCAGAGAUGCAAACAAAUAAACACAAUGAGAGCGAGAAACACCGAAUAAUUGAUGUGUUCAGGUGAAUGCAGCCGAAUGUCCGAGCGAGAGUGCGUUGUUUUUGUUUAUAAUUUUAUUUAAAUUAUUUAUACAUGAAGUAGAAGAAAUAAGAUUUUUUGUUUUCCAUUAUUUCCGCGACCUUGCCCGAAAGAAAAGUCAACGUGCACCAUUCGCUCGAAGGAAAGAGGAUCGCCAGCCUUGUCCGGAGACCGAAUGAUUGUACUUGAAUAGAUGAUGCAGGCAGUUUUUGUUUUUGUUUAUCAUCCAACGCGAGGUGCUGUUUCGAAUUAAGACUCGGAACUCCGAAGUGACCAUGCCUAAGAAGAAGGAAAAUCGCCAGUUUCCUGCUUGCUUACAUUGCCAUUUAAUGGGUUCUUUUUGUCCUCGAGACAGCGUCUAGUUAAUGGAUUGAUAAAAUUUUCGGGUUUGCUUUGCUUAGACGAACGCAAGCAACCGGGUUAGAGCUUUCAACUAUUGAUAAAAUGCCGAAAUAAUAAUAGAACUUAGUGAAGGAAAUACAAACACACGCGUUUAAGCAGUUAUUAAUUCAUUAACUACAAAAAAAGUCAUUUAGUUGCGUAAGAUCAGAAUAUUACUAUGCCCAGGCAAACGCUAAGCUGUUUUUUUGUAAUUGAAGUUUAAAUAGUUUUUUUAUACAAAAAUACAAAAAAGAAGAAAAAAUAUCACAUAAAACGAAUAAUUCCUAGGAUAAUGACAGACGAGAGGAACGAAGCAUAAGACAGGUAACUACUACUAGCUUACGAAUUAACUUCACAAGAUUUUUUCAGCUACAGCAGUUAUUCUUUUACUACUACAUGUGAUUCAAAAUGUAACAAGAAGGAAAAAAAAUCUCAUAAAAAUAAUAAACAAAAAUGAAUAAUCCAA